AUGAUCGUCGUGGCUAUUGAGGCUGCCCUUUACCCUAUAUGGGUACAGGUGACAAGACAAAGUUUGACUUUGAGUGAUCAUGCGCUUUGUUUGAAUACUUUCACCGCUCGAGCUGAGGAGCGAGAGCUAGCUAAGGGUCGUUUAGAUAAUUUGGUAGCCCUACGGGCUGAUAUUCGUGAUUUGAGAAGGGAUAUGGAUGAGAUGAAGUCCAUGGACUUUUUAAUGGCUUGGAGUGGUGGUGAUGACCCCGAGGUUACAAGUUCAGAUUUGCCUCCGGCAUACAGAGUUGUUAGUUUUUUGCUCCCUCCAUCUUCUAUGAUCGGAGUUGAUGUUGAUGUUGUUGAGGAUUAUGAUGAGCCUCCCGAGACUAAUGAGGAGUUGCCUGUUGCAAAUUCACUUGAGGAUCCAUCUCUAGUCAAGCCAACUCCUAUCCUUCUUGAAGAUACACUAGGAACUGAUUCUCCUCUUGAGGAAAUAUCUGUGGUCCAGCGAUAUCCUUAG